AUGUCAUCACAAAUAAAUCUUAUUAAUAAUGCGGUCGAUAUUUCUGCUAACACGAUUAAUGCAAUAAAUUCAGUUACUUCUGUUAGCUCUUCCUUAUUAAAAUUUACGUCAUUUGCACCGUUAAUUUCAGAUGUGCUCAAACUCAUUCAGGAAAUUAUUGAGCUUUACGAAACUGCGGAACAUAACAAGUAUAUGUGUGGUAUCCUGCUUGACAGAUGCUUUGCUGCAGAAGCAGCCAUAAAGAGCUUAUCGAUAAGAAGAAAAGAGGAUACAGAAUUUUUCAGCAAAGAGCAAAACUACACGUUACUUUGUAAAUUUAAGAGUUCUAUUGAGAAAAUCAAGCGCUUUAUCCAGCAAAUCUCACAACUAACGGGCUUUCGAAAGUUUACAAUAGGAUUCUUUCAGGCAAAUACAGUUAAAGAGGAGUUGACAAGCCUAAUAACAGAAUUCGAUGGAUAUGUGCGUUCUUUAAAUUUUUCCAUAACAGUUAGUGUAAAAUUGCAGCAGUCAGAAAUCGAUAAAGAUCUGAAAAUAAUGAAAAAGUAUCUUGAAAGCAUCCACGGAGGUAUCACUAACUUAUCUGGAGAAGUUUCUGGUGUUUUUGAAAAGAUCUCAGCACUUAAUAGACUUUAUCAUAAAAAUAAUAGUUUCCAAAUAAUUGACAAAGUUAUCAAUGGAUGCAUGCUUGACAUAAAUAGCUUUAGCAAUCAACUGGGUUCAAAUCGGGAUCACCGUAUACAUAAAAGACGGCGCAAAAAAGACUACGCUGAUGUUUCAUUUGAGGAAAUUCCUGCGAAAAACCUAGAUGAUGAAGUAAUUAAGCAAGAUUUGCAGAGACAAAUUUCCAUUCUUAAAAUGCUCGAGGAUUCGAGAUUCAAUGAAAAUACUGGAAGGCAUAGCGGAGACACAGAACAACUUCGAUAUACUGCUCCUGAAAAGUUACAAGAUUCCAAAUAUAAAUAUGACGUCAAAUGUGAAAUUUAUAGUAGUAUGCUUACAAAAGAUGAUAGUUUUGGCAUUCUUCUCUGGGAACUUGCAGAAGAAAGUUUGCCAUUUGAAG